AGGCGAACGCAAACCAGCAAAAUCCAUCUAUUAGCUUUCGGCCACUUCAUCUCGCGCAUCACAUCCGCCUCUCAGUAUCUCACCCGCUGCCUUCGCUUAGACUGACCUACAAUAAUACCUCCUAGUACCAGCGGCGAAUAUUCCCGACGGCCCUUGUUUUUCACUACCAUGGCGCGUUCUACCCUAACUUUCUCAGUCAUGGCAUUCGUCAUCGCAGUCCUUUUAAUGUCAUGCGCCGAGUCUAGAAUCCUCUCCAACGGACUGCUCGGAAAUCGCGUCCCGAUUCGACCGGCAAACGGAGCCCUCAAGCUCAACAUCUCAUUCAGCCUCAACAAUAGCGUCACUGACCUAAAAUCCGCGUUACAAGCGCAGGUCGUUUCGCUAGAAGGAGCCCUGACGCAAUCACUCGACAAGCUCGCAAAUGCGUUGAAAGACAACACCUCGGCGGCGGUCUCCACGUUCCGAGCGCAAAUCUCCGCCCUCUAAAGCAGCAUCGCCACGUUAAAGGAACGCAUUGCAAGCCUCGACCUCAUCACAUCCAUUACAAUCACACCUUCCGGCAUUUCCCAGAUCACAUCGGCGGCUCUUCCCACCCUCCAGUCGCGUAUCUCGUCGCUCAGAGCCAGCAUCCCCGCUAUGAACAAACGCUCGACAUCGCUCAACACCGACCUGGCGGGCCUCCUCUCCAGCCUUCGCGCGUUGCUGAGUCAGAGAAUCGCGGCGCUGACUCAGAGGGUUGGUGCACUGAAUCUGGACGUGUCGGCGCUCGCUGCUCAAAUCGACGCGCUCGUCGCCCCGCUGAGUGGCGCCCUUGGCGUGACGGACCUCGUGGCCCUGCUGCCGCAGCAGUCAGGCAUGCUCCGUGGCGUUAUGACCUCGUGCGAGGGACUUGUGCAGGCAGGGGCAGCCAACAUCCAGAUCACCAAAAUUGGCUCGUCCUACACCGUCACCUACUACCUCUUCGCCACGGGCAUCACAGAGGCACCUCAGGCGCAGGCCAUCUACCGCGGCACCCCCUGCAGCAGCAGCGGGGCCGGCCAGCCACCCGCAGUGGCGUUGCAGCUGACUGGCACAUGGCAGCUCGUGAGCUCUGUCUCGUGGUCGCUGGCGAAUGUGGUGGCUGUAGCAGAGGCGGAUGUAGGGGACCUGCUCAGCGCUAUUGGGACUGUGACUAAUGGGGAUCUUUAUAUUGGGUACAGGGGCAGCAGCAGCAGCUUGUCAGGAAAGCUCAUCGGUGGGAAAUUCUGAGGGAAAUGGACAUGUGGUACAGGUGAAAAGGGUGAUUGCAGAAGGGACAUCACACAUGCACUCCUGAGUGCUUGUGAUGCAGCAUUAUGUGCAUCUGUGAUGUUUCGUCUUCCGUGGUAGUAUCAUAGCAAGGCUGUGUCUUGUGCAAUCCUUGUAUGGUUCAUUGCAUCCAAUUCAGCCAUGACCUUUCUU